AUGUCCACUGAUGAGAGAAUGAAGAUUGAUUCAGUGUCUAGGUUCCCCGUCAUAAAGAAAAGCUUCUCAGUUGACAAUGCACAAGUGUUACCUUCUACAAAGCCAUCUCCAUGCAAAGAAAUGAUGACCCAUCCAUCUUCAAAGAAUAUCGAGAGGUACUCUUUGGCUAAGAUGAGCAUUGAACUUUCAGAAGAUGAAACCACCAACACAGAGAUUAUUGGGCAAUCGGGACAUGCGAGGGAAAAAUGA